AUGCUUGCCAUCCUCUAUCCUCCCGCACUCCUCCAAGUGCCUCUCAAACGACGCGGGCGUGUACAGCCGGCGCGGGUGCAUCUGCCUGGGCGUGCGGCCCGCGAUGCCCGAGCGGCACCCGGAGCAGUACGCCCCCCACUCGAGCUGCGCCGCGCCGCCGGCGCCGGCAGCGCCCCGGCCCCCUCCUCCCACGAGGACGGGCGCGCGCACCACGGCGGCGAAGCGCAGCGGCGCCAUGGCCGCGGCCGAGAACUCGAAGCGCUGCAGCACGAGCGACGACAGCCUGUCGCCCGCCCGCACGGCCCGGUCCCGCGCGGCGGCGAGCUCGAGCGCCCGCAUGUCGGACGCGUACUCGCGCAUCGCGACGAGCGAGCCGUGCAGCGC